AAGAGAAAGAGUGGACAGCAGACCAUAGUAAUACAUGUUUACCUCUGUGCUUGAUGGUAUAACAGAGCUCCAACAUUGGCAACAUUUAGUCAGUAUCACAUCAUUAAAACAAUAUCUAGAGUAGACUGGACAUAAUAGGAUCCCCAUUCAAAAUGAAGUUCCUCCGUGUUAUUUGGCUUUGGAUGUUUCUGUCAGAAUUCAAUUCAAGCGCUGGUGAAAUUUCUAGACGAGGAUACAGUGAAGGAAACAUCACAAUUACCUGUUCCCACAGCUGGGCUUCAACCAACAAUAAGUAUUUCUGCAGAGAUCCUUGUGGAAAGCGUGAAAUACUUGUGAAGUCUCACCAGACAUCUAAAGGGAGAUACACACUGAAGGAUUUUGGCAAUGGAAACUUUGCCGUGAACAUCAUUGAUCUACUGGAGUCAGACUCUGGGAUUUACUGGUGUGGAGUGGAUAGAGUUGGUCCAGACACAUUUCAGAAAGUCAAACUGAUAGUAUCUAAAGCCAACACUGGAAACAGGGAAGAAGUGACUCAUCAAGUGACAAUGGAAACACAGACAAGCACGGAAAUGCACUCGACUAAACCAAGACUCUCUGUUUUCAUAUCUUCAACCACUAAGGACAGCACACUCUCACUGACAUCAACAGGUUUUGUCGAAGAAUCUGGUCCAGCAGGUGAAAAAACAGGCAAGUUCCUAACCCUUUAUACGUAUACUGACAUGUUAUGUAAUGCAAAUCAAUGUUUCUAUUACAAUGUACAGGUGCUGAACACAAAAACUCGUCCUCGAUUGCCCAUAUAUUCCCAGUGUCAGAACAUUAUAUUCCUUACGCUGCCGUUGGUCUGGCCAUCAUGUGUGCAGUUGGACUGGUCACUGUCUGUCAUUGCAGAAAGAGAGUCAAGUCAAGUUGUAAUCUUGAUAGAUCCAUGUACAAUUCCCAACACAGCGAGGAGGCUAAUGCUGUUUAUCAGAACACUCCUGAUGACAGACACUACAUCACCAUGAAGAUGUCCAGUGACAAGUCUAAUAAUGAAAGCCAAUCAGACCCAAUCUACCAGAACCUACAGUGCAACACAACCCUGGGAGAGGAUGUAUAUGGCAAUCUAUAAAACAUAUUAAAUACAAUAUCCUCAAACCCAAACACAUUCUACAUUACAAGCAUGGCACAGGUUUGUCCGGACAAUUUCAAUCAACAACAUUUCUGAACAGUAUAUAGCAAAAACUCCUUGGAAGAAAAACAAAACUAAAUGUACAGGUCAAGUUUCAAAAACACAUCACUUGGAAAUAUGAUCACGCCAUUAUUUGUAUAAAUAAAUAUCCCUUUUGCAUGUAGAGUUUGCAUGCGAAACAGAAAUGAAGGGUUGCGAUGCUACUAGGUUCAUUUUAAAUUGACAAAUGUGUUGGGUUACUGUUCCUUUAAUGAACCCCAAGACUAUCCUGAGGUUAAGAGAAAGAGAUAAGAGUUCCUAAUACUGUAUGUGAAACUAAAAACAGUAUUCAUCAAUCACACUAACCUGUUCAGAUAGUUUUAAGUUCUGUCAUGUCAGCCACCGUUUUAAACAGCUGACACCUGAUGGAAGACUCUGAAAUCACUGAAGUGUUUGUACCUUUUUAUUAGCACGUGGGAUAUAGCAAUGCAUUAUGUAAAGGUGAGUUUUGUCCACAGCUGAGCAGAUGUGACGACUCUCAUUUUGAUUAACAUGGCACACGUGUGUUCAUGUUUCUGCAGUGUGCUGGUCUUGAUUUAAAUACAAGUAAAAAGCCUAUGUAUUUUACUUUGCGAAAUUAUGUAUGCUGCGACUUGAACGAGAAAGAAAUAAACAGCAAAUUCUUUAAAUGUCUAGAUAUGGAGAGAGAGAGAGAGAGAGAGAGGGAGAGAGAGAGAGGUCACAAAUGCCUCAUACUACAUUCACUUCA